GCAUAGUUCACGCAUCGUGGUUAAUGGAAAAUUCCACUCAUCCAAAACUGGCGAGCUUCCAGCAGCAAACUGGAUCGUUUACGCCUUGAGCAGAACAUUGGCGGAAGCAGAAACUUACGAUGAUGCUGUGGUAAAAUGUAAAAUAGCUGAGCAUUCAUCAGAAAUAGAGGAUAAAUUUCAAGAUUUAAAAGAUUCUAAAUCAAGAAAAUUAAGACAUCAAAGAAGAUUGAGGUCUUUGUCGAGUGAGGACGAAGAGAUGUUAGAAAACAAAACUAAACUGUCCAACAUCAGUGACUUUCCAAACCCACCAGCGUCACUCACAGGUUCUAAUAGUAAAUUUGGUAUGAAUGAGAGCCAGAGUAGCGAAACGACUCUUAAAACCACUUGUGAUGAAAAAUGGGAAUGGACAAUUGUACAGUUUUCUGAUACAAUGAAAACGUGUGCCAUUCCAAGCAUUUGGAUACAGCCUGAUAAGAAAAGCUGUUGAUGGCCUCCUUAUAAAACAGAAAUAAUUCAACAAUCUAUCGAAGAAAUGGACGAACCAGAUGAUGACUGGAAAAAACGAAAUAUUUCAGAAGUUUUUGGAUGUACAGAGAAAUAUGCAGCAGCUAAAGACUUGAUUGGGAAAUUGGAAGCCAAAAAAAAUUUGUUAGCAAGCAGCUCAAAAAGUCAGCCUAAAGAUUCAUAUGAAACUAAAUCAUCAUCACCAACUUUUGGCAGUAGUAACAUAUCCAUGUGGUACAUUGUACAGUUAGUGAAUGAUGAGGAAAUGCAUAUAAUUCCGGGCUUUUGGAUGAAAGACGACAAAACUAGCACUGCGUGGCCCCCUUAUAGUAGUUCAUUUGAAGAUGUGCAAACAUCUAUUCAAGAUAGAGAAAAGCCAAAGAGUGACUGGACCAAUCGUAAUAUUGCAAAAAUAUUGAAAAAGUCAGUAACUUACAAUUCCGCCUCGAAUUGGAUCAAGGAGCAGAAAAACCAUCAGGAACAGAAGAGCGAAUUCAACAGCCCUGAUUCCAAUCAUGACCAUGGCAUAAGGGAAAAUAUACCCCCUACACAUAAGUUUGUUAAAAUGCAAAGGAGCUCAACGAAAGCUGACAACGAAGAUCCUUUUAUUAUAGUUAUUAUAAGGAAUAGUGAUGUAGAAUACCCAGCAAUAGUUCCAAAGUCUUGGAUAUGUGAUAAGGGUAAAACAGUAAAAUGGCCUCCGAAGUUCUCAAACCCCAAUAUAAUUGCAUUAAAACAAACUCCUAAAGAAGAUUGGUUUCAAUGCAACUUGAAAGAUGUUUAUUGGACUACGGCUACGUUUGAUUAUGAGGAGGACAUUCAAAAAGUUAAAAUAGCAGAAAAUUUGUCUGGCGCAGAAAAUGUUGAGGAAGCAUUCAGAGAACAGCAAAACCCUAGAGGAAACAAGAAGAAAUAGAGCUGUAAAAAUAGUGAAAGUAGUGAGGAUGAAAUAAAUAGUAAAGAAGAAAACUAAAAAAAGUAAUAGGAAAUAAUAAAAAAGAUAAUUUUGGUACAAACAAAUCGUUUUCAAAUCAUGCAACAUCGCUGCAUGAACUGUCUCAAUUGUUAAUAACCUCGCCGAAAUCCGUAGUAAAUAGUCAAGAUAGUCAGGGCUUCAAGAAAAUCAUACCGUCGGGUAUUCAAAACCAAACGGAAACUAUCAAUGAACCUUUUGAGAAAGUUAAGAGAAAAACAUGUUUAAAUGAGAUUAUGUAUAAAAAUAUAUUAUUUUUGUCAUUUUAAAAGAUUCUGUCGGUCAACUCAAAAGAAGAAAAAGAAGAAGACGAAGAAGUAGAUAAUGAAGGUACGUGUACAAUAACGAUUUAAAUUUAUUUUAAUUUAAUAGUAAUUUCAUUGAAUCAUUGUACUUAGUACUUGAAAAAUAUCUUUUUUCAGUUGUAAAUACUUUCGAAAAAAAAGAAAAAUAUUGAAAAUCAAAUGAACUUAAAUAAUAGCAAAGCAAAGCCUGCAAUAAAAUGUAUAGAAAACAUUACAAAUCAAAAAAAUCUCCCUUUCAGUUUGAUCGCCAGUUUUUUAAUUGCAAAACGUACUUGUAGUUCAGGCAAAAACUCUUUAUCAAAGACUUCAUCUAUUAAUUUGAAUACAAAAGAAAAUCCUUGAUACAUUGUCAACGAACAACUUGGCGAUAAACGUUCAGAUGUUUUAAAAAGUGAUCCUCCUGGGGGUCCAAAUGAUGACGAUGCAUUGAAUGACGAUGAUUUGAAUGAAAUUUUAGGAGAUUCAAAGGAUGAACAUUCAGAUGAUUCGAGAAAUAAUUAUGGUUCCAGGUUCAAGCCUCCUAGAAUUGAUGAACAUCCUGAGGCUUCAAGAAAACGAAAACUUACUGGGUGUUCAGAGGGUUUGAGUACCAAUAAACGUACAGGGGGUUCGAGAACGAAAGAACGUUCAGAAAGUUUAAGAACUGAGUCCACAGCACUAAAAAUUAGGUUAGGAUAGCCAAACGCAAAAACAGAUUUAUAAAUAAUUAUUAUGUAAAAUCACCUAUCGGAAAUUGCUUAUGGCCUUUCUAACAACAUGAAAUGUUUAUAAUUAGAAGAUAAACUGAAAUGAAAAUGAUUUUCAGAUGAGAGUAAUUUUAAGUCUGAAGAAUUUAUUAAUUUACCUAUAGAUAAUAAAUUAAAUGUGAUUGGAAUGUAACAGCAUCAGAUAAUUUCUAAUCAAGCUAAGUUAUCUGUACGACUUCAAACGUCCUGUAAUAGUUGUAACAAUAAUGCUGCUCGUGGAUAUAUCAAUAUGAACGAUACAUUAUUAAUCAGAAGUCAUUUACCAAUAGAAGACCCAGACGUCUUUGCUAACUUUGAGAAUGAUUUGCAAUCAAAUGCGACAUUUAGAAUAAAAAUUUGGAAUUACUUGCAAGCAUAUAUCAAUAAAAACGACUGGAAAAAAUGCGUGACAUUAUGACCAAUGUGGUGACCGAUAUUGUGCAAGAUUUUUAUAGCUGUACAGGACGAACAGGAAAAAAACAGUUUAAUCAGACUCUCCUAUACUCCAUGAUUGAAAUUGCGACAACAAGAAUUGUAAAUAAAAAUUGUUCACCAUAAGGGAACUACAAACAUAUAUGAGCAACGAUUUGAAACAUGCCAAAAAUCGAGCUGGUGGUUAUG